GACAGACAGUUUGGAAAGAAAACAUGGUUGCCGUGGGUCUGUCAAGUUGGACUAUUUUAAUGCAAACUACGAUCGUCGCACUGAAUUCGGCCCUAAUUCGCUAGCGAAACGCGGCCAGCACGCCAAGCGCGAACACCCGGAAGGCGGUUUUCGUGGUGCGAAAAAAAGGUUGGGUGGUUUCAGAUCGCGGCAGCGUCCAAUAAUUGCGUAAAGUGAAAAGUGUCGGACAGACAGCACCAGUUUUACCGUGGUGACCGUGUGUGUGUGUGCUGCGUGCGUGUGUGCACGGGUGACCCGUUUCCCCCGUUCCAUUCUUCCCUCGUCUCUUCGCCUUGUAUUACCAUCAUCGCACGCACUUGUGUGUUCGCUUGUUCGUACGUACGGCCGAAGAGGAGAAGGUGCAGCUCUCCUUGCCGCAGCUCUGUCGGUACCGUGGAGUUUGUGGCCGUCGCCACCGAAAAGGAGCCGGACUACUUGGAAUCUUCAGACUUCUUCACUUCUAACAUCCAUCGAUAAUUAAGGAUAAAACUUGUGUGUGUGUGUGUGCCAGUGCAAAAGAGACAACGGAAGCAAUCGUUCUGCGAAACGUUCAAACGUCGGGACGGUCACUGGUUUGCUUUGUGCAUUCGCGGAAAGCCCGGCAUGCCCGGCACCAUGAUCGGGAACGGAAUCAGGCAUGCCGAUCGUACGCUAACAAGGGCACCAUGAGUGGACAGUUUUUCCGUUUCUGCCUUCCAGUGACGGUACAAUCGGUGACAGUUGCCCUAUGUUGAGAGACACCCUCAGGUGCGCAAUCAUCCGGUUCGUUUUGCAACGGUCAGUUCAAACGUUCACAGGAACGUUCAGGUGCAAAAUAACGAAGGCAUUCGGUAUCACCCAUGGUGACGCAAGUGUACUAAGAAUUAGCUGUAACGUGCAUAAGGAUACAUUUUACAGUGUGAUUCACAACACGACGAAGCAUAACAAGUGUAUUGUAGUGAAUGUGCGACUGUUCUAGACUAAAGCGUGGAUUCAGUGUAAGCUCGCGGAAGAAUUCCCAAACUUGUGGCCACGUGCGUGUGAGCGGCGCAGUGUUGUAAAACUAGACGGCACACAAUCAACAACCGUUAGCAUAAGAUUUUUAGCAUCUGUCGCGGUAAAAGUGGAACACAAUCCUUCAACAGUUUGCCAAAAUGAGUCGAGUGUCCACUCAGAAGAAGGAAGGCAAAAUGAGGAUCCGUGCCUUUCCGAUGACUAUGGAUGAGAAGUACGUGGAGUCGAUAUGGUCGCUGCUCAAGAACGCCAUCCAGGAGAUACAGAAAAAGAACAACUCGGGCCUUUCGUUUGAGGAGCUGUACAGAAAUGCGUACACGAUGGUGCUGCACAAGCACGGCGAGCGGCUGUACAGCGGGCUGAAGGAGGUGGUGACGCACCAUCUCGAGUCGAAGGUGCGCGAGGAGGUGCUGCGCAGCUUCAACUGCAACUUUCUGCAGACGCUGAACCAGUGCUGGAACGACCACCAGACCUCGAUGGUGAUGAUCCGCGACAUCCUGAUGUACAUGGAUCGCGUGUAUGUGCAGCAGAACGACGUGGACAACGUGUACAACCUUGGGCUGAACAUCUUCCGUGAUCAGGUGGUACGCUAUCCGCGCAUUCGGGAUCACAUGCGCGAGACGCUGCUGAACAUGGUGAUGUGCGAGCGGAAGGGCGAAGCGAUCGACCACAUCGCGAUCAAGAACGCGUGCCAGAUGCUGAUGGUGCUCGGCAUCAACCAGCGCUGGGUGUACGAGGAAGACUUCGAGCGGCCGUUCCUGACGCAGUCGGCCGCGUUCUACAAGCUCGAGUCGCAAAAGUUCCUCGCCGAGAACAGUGCGAGCGUGUACAUCCGGCGGGUGGAAGCCCGCAUCACGGAGGAGGCCGAGCGGGCCAAGCUGUACCUGGACGAGAGCACCGAGAGCCGCAUCGUGGAGGUGGUCGAGGACGAGCUGAUCAAGAAGCACAUGCGCACGAUCGUCGAGAUGGAGAACUCGGGCGUCGUGUACAUGCUGCAGAACACCAAGACGGAGGAUCUGGCCUGCAUGCACAAGCUGUUUUCGCGCGUGAGCGGCGGCCUCAAGACGAUCGCCGACUGUGUGUCGCAGAACCUGCGCUCGCUCGGCCGCGACCUGGUGAAGGAGGAGGAGAACGGCAGCACGAACCCGAUCACGUUCGUGCAGAACCUGCUGGAUUUGAAGGACCGGUCGGACCACUUCCUGUACCACUCGUUCAACAACGACAAGACGUUCAAGAACAUGAUAUCGUCCGACUUUGAGCACUUCCUGAAUCUGAACAGCAAAUCGCCCGAAUAUCUGUCACUGUUCAUCGACGACAAGCUGAAGAAGGGCUGCAAGGGAAUGUCCGAGCAAGAGAUUGAAACCAUACUUGACAAAACGAUGGUAUUAUUUAGAUAUUUGCAAGAGAAGGACGUGUUCGAGCGGUACUACAAGGCGCAUCUGGCGAAGCGGUUGCUGCUGAACAAAUCCGUCAGCGACGAUUCCGAGAAGAAUAUGAUAUCAAAAUUAAAGACUGAAUGCGGUUGUCAAUUUACCUCAAAAUUGGAAGGAAUGUUUAAGGAUAUGUCCGUCUCGAACACGGUAAUGGAGGAGUUUAAAAAUCACAUCAACAACGAUAACUCGGCACUGGAGGGCGUUGAACUGACGGUUCGAAUUCUCACAACCGGAUUUUGGCCAACUCAGUCCGUGACUCCUAACUGCAACAUCCCGGCAGCACCGCGGAAAGCCUUUGAAACGUUCAAGCGUUUCUACCUGGCAAAACAUUCGGGGCGUCAGCUGACACUGCAGCCACAGCUAGGAACGGUCUACAUGAAUGCCGAAUUCUACGGCGUAAAGGCGGAGAAGGAGAAAACUGAAGGCAACUGUAGCAGUACGGCCCCGUCUGCGGGAAGCAGUAGUGCGCCGACUGGUGGUGCGGCCUCCCUAGACGCCCCCAAACGACAUGUGCUUCAAUUAUCGACUUAUCAGAUGUGUGUAUUGAUGCUGUUUAACAAUCGCGAACGAAUGACGUACGAAGACAUCCAGCAGGAGACGGACAUCCCUAGCAAAGAUCUGAUCCGCGCGCUGCAGUCACUGUCGAUGGGCAAACAGCAGCAGCGACUUCUGGUUCGAACACCGAAAACGUCCAAAGAAAUCGUUUCCACGGACGAGUUCUACGUGAACGAUGCGUUUGUGUCGAAAUUUCACAAAGUUAAAAUUCAAACUGUCGCAGCCAAGGGCGAAUCGGAACCGGAACGGAAGGAAACCCGAAGCAAAGUCGACGAAGAUCGUAAACAUGAGAUUGAAGCUGCUAUCGUGCGUAUCAUGAAAGCGCGAAAGAGAAUGCCUCACAACCUGCUCGUAUCGGAUGUGACGUCGCAGCUAAAGAGCCGUUUCCUACCGUCGCCGGUGAUUAUAAAGAAAAGAAUAGAGGGCCUGAUCGAGCGGGAAUAUCUUGCCCGCACGCCCGAGGAUAGAAAAAUCUAUGUAUAUCUAGCUUAAACAAACACAAAACAGGAGGCAAAUUAAAUCUUCGAAUACAACAGCGAGACAAGCGAGUAAAAGAGUAUGUAUGCAUGUGUGCGGAGAUAGUUCAGCGCAUCAACGCCGCAGCAAAAGACAGUGGCAAACAAGUAGCGAAGCAGCAGCAACUAAACUAAAAAGCACGCGUUAACACGUUCGGUCAAAUCUUACAUGUCCAGCACACAUGAUGGCGAUUGAUCGAUACCGAACGAUGUGAGGGAAAAAAGGGGAUGUUUUAUAGAACGCGUGCAGUAGAUUCAUUGCUGCCGUUCUCUAGGCAAACUCACUCAUUUAGGAGACACUCCGUCUUGCAACUAGACUCUUUAGAGGCGAAAGACAGAGCGGCAAGAGAAACAGUUUGGUGGUAAGCUGCCUGCCGCGUACUUUUUCAUGAUCCAGACACCACAACACGAGGGAAAUUGAACAAUUAAUUCAUUUGUUUUCCAGCUAUGCAAAGGUUGCAAAGAGAUUAGAAAAGACACACGAUCACACACGAUCACAAAGGGCACUCUCAUUUAUCAUUGUUGUCAGAAAGAAUGUGUAGAGUGUUGUUUGCAAGGAUGCAAAUUGGCUUGAUUUUACAAUGAGAGUCCAGCAUGCAAGUAGCAGAAAGAGGACUUCGAUAGGGAAGAGAAAAUUAGUUGUAACUCUAUUGCUUCACACCUCAUACACUCUACGAUCCAUGCCCGGAUCUAGUGCAUAUUUUGUUCGCUCAAUCUGUUCACACACUCACACACUGCAUUGUGUGGUGUUUGUUUGUUCUGCAAUGAUUCGCUUGUACGAAUCUUAUAAAACAUUUACAAACAAUAAACCAAAAUUCAGUGCGCGUGCGUGUGUGUGUUGUACCCGUCAGCUCAGAAAAUACGCAACCGUUUCAUGUUAUCAGGGCAAAAACUUUACAGUCAAAAAGUUGCUUACUGUUCUUUUUACAGCAAGAGAGGAAGGGAGAUAGAGAACGAGAGGGAGAGAGUGUGUUCGGAAGGGAAGCCGGGAAACGGUCGUGAUAGUUAUAAUACUUACACUAGCCCCCCCUUACGAAUAGCUAUUUAUGAACAAAUGUCUCGGUGUAUUCGGAAGCGCUCAUAUAAGAUUUUGUUUAUUUUUUUAUUUUUUUUAUUUCUGAAUAAGUAGUGAAUUUUGUUAUGCUCGGGCCACUCUUUUGCAAAACAAUUAUUUUUUGGCUUGUUUUAAAAUGCACUUAUUCAUCCACUCAAACCCAUAGUGUAUGUGUGUGUGUGUGUGUGUGUGGAAAGGCUCUGUGGUGCAGUUUGUACAGUGCUUUAACAUUAUCCGUAGAGCUCGCACUGAGGCGCAGGCUCUGGAGUCAAAUUUGACACUAUAUUUACCGAAAACCGCUGCAUUCCGCGGCGUUAGACAGACCACACUGCCUUUUAAUUUCGUUUUAAAAGGCUAAUCACACACACACACACACACACACACACACACACACACACACACACACACACGCGCAUACAGUGUUCUUUUCGAGUAGUUUGGUUACAUCUUGAUCGAUAGCAUGCAACAGGAUAGACGUUGUUAGGAAAUGUUGGAGUUUUCCGUUUCCGUUAGUUUUGUUUGUUCGAAAAGGAGCUGUGUGAUGAAACGGAAAUAUCUGCUGCGUUGGGUAUGCGAG